AUUCGUUAGAUCUAGAUGUUAAAGCGGGUGAUGAAUACUAAAACGUUAGGAAAUUUAUACAUCGUAUACAAAAUAAUAUUACAACGCGACAAGAUAUUCGUUAUUUUGAGUUAUCCAGGAGGAUUUCGUGUUACUUAGUAUUUUGAACUGAACAGAUAAAGACGCCGCGAGAUUUUCACCAAUGGCGGGAACGGUAACGAAGAAGCAAGCUGAGGGCUACUGGAAGAAGUAUAACAAGGAUGGCAACGAUGUGCUUACAGUGGAGGAGGUGAAGCAAUGCCUCCAGGAGGUCUACGACACCGUCGAUGACUUCGAUGUUAAUGUAAGAACGUUUCCGCAAAAAGAGAAGUUCGCUUUCUUUGGCCAGAAGGAAGCGAAAGCGUUGACAAAGGAGGAGUUUUUGGCAGGGAUGCUGCGCACAGACAAGUGUACAUCACUGGAACAACAGUUUAAAGCCAUGGACAAAGACGGUAGCGGAAGUCUCAGCAAGGAGGAACUGGAGUCAGGCCUGACAGGUCAAGGUUUCGACCGUGAACAAGCAAAGGUCAUCCUAGAGGAGCUAGAAUUUGACAGCGACGGGAAAUACAACAUCAAAGAAUUCUUGGAGACUGUGGCAUUCAGUGAAAUGUUUACAAAAACAUACAAGUGCUAACAGAUAUGAGUGAAUAUGUUAUAUGUAUUUUUGUGCUAAAUUAUAUUAUUUUAUACAUGAGAGCAUUGUAAAGUGACUUUGGCAAUUACAACAACAGAUUGUUGGUUGAAGUAACAUUUCUAUUCAAAAUCAACGAAAAUUUCGUACAAUUGUUCGUAAAAUAAACUUAACCAAUUAAAAAUCAGUGUUCCUUAUGGCAAUUGCCAAAUUCAACGUCAGAUGUGGUCUGGUAAAAUAGAUGUUUGUAGAUACAAAAUGCUCGUUUUUAUUAUUGUUUUGCAUAUCUAUUCAUACGACACAUGAACAUUAAAAUGGUGUUCGUGUGUCAUAUGAAAAGAUAUAUUCGCGGGAAUUAAUUGUGGCCACAAAUAAAUAAAAACAUGCAUUUUGUAUCUACAAAAAUCUAUGUAAUCAUACCACAUCUUGCGUUGAAAUUUUGACUAUUGCUAUAAGGAACACUGAUCGUUUAGGUGUUAACUUUAUUUUACGAAAUACUUAACGAAAUUUUCAUUGAUUUUGAGCGUUAUAGAGACUUUAAGAGUAUAUUCCAAUAAUUAAUAAUAAAAUAAUUUUUAAACAAAUAAUUAUGAAUGAUUGUGAAGGAUUGUUUAUAUAUAUUUAUCAAAAAUAUUUUAACAAAGAAUUAAUAAGAAACUUCAUUAGAAGUGUAAUGCAUACACAAAUAUCUGGUUGUAAAAAAGUAUAAAUAAACUUUUAAUAAAAUUUAUAACAAAACUAACAAAUGCAAUAAUAAUAAAUGGUAUAUAAAAAUGGGACAAUAAUUAAAACAAUCACUAAAGUUGUAAUUAAAUAUAUUUUUCAAUUACUUUAAAAACAAGAUAGCAAAUUAAAUUCCUUCAAAUAAAUGGUAAUAUGAAAAUGCAACCUACCAUACGCUAAUUAUGCAUCAAGAAAUGUUAUUUAUAUUGAGCACAAACAAAAAGGGCAACAAUGCAUCUAAUAUUCAUACUGGUCAGUUUUCAUUUUCUGACACCAGCAAAAAAUGACAUGAAAUCGGUUUCAAUACUUAAGAAAUAUGCAGUUUCCAUUUGGCUAUUGUAUAAGCUUUACUGUCAAGACUGUGUAACAAUGCUUUGAUAUUAAACCUUUAAAAAAUA